AUGAAGCCAUCACUUUUCCUUGCCGUUGUUCCCGCCGUCGCCGCCCACACGCCUGACUUCAAGACGUCAGAAGCCGGCAACCCCUUCGUUGACGGACUCUACGCCGACCCGGACAACGAAUUCUACAAUAAUCAGUACUGGGUGUACGCGACGUCUUCCUACGAGUAUGACAAACAGACGUAUCUCGACGCCUUCUCGUCCCCGGACCUCGUCCACUGGACCAAACACUCCAACGUCCUCGUCGCCGCGGACUUCAAAUGGGCACGCCGCGCAAUCUGGGCACCAGCGCCCAUCUGGCGCAACGGAAAGUAUUACCUCUACUUUGGCGCCAACGACAUCCAGACCAACUCCGAGCUAGGCGGGAUCGGGGUCGGCAUAUCCGACCAGCCACAGGGGCCGUACAAAGAUGCCCUUGGGAAGCCACUCAUCGGCCAGUACUACAACGGCGCCCAGCCAAUAGACCAGGACGUCUUCAUCGACGAUGACGGCCAAGCGUACAUUUACUACGGCGGGCACGGACACGCCAACGUCGCCAAGUUGAACCGAGACAUGGUGACCAUGGGCACCCUCGACGACGGCACGUCGUACAAGGAAAUCACGCCAGAGAACUACGUCGAGGGCCCGCAGAUGAUGAAGCGAAACGGCACCUACUAUCUGUUCUGGAGCGAAGGCGGCUGGGGCGGGCCAGACUACGCCGUGUCGUAUGGCAUGUCCAAAUCACCCACGGGUCCGUUCAAGCGUCUCGCAAAAAUACUAGAGCAAGAUACCUCGGUGGCAAGCGGGUCAGGACACAAUGGUGUCAUCCACGUCCCCAACACCGACAUCUACUACAUCGUCUAUCAUCGCCACCCGCUUGGGGAGAACGUCGACGCCAACGACCGGCACCUGGCCUACGACCGGCUCUAUUUCAACGCAGACGGCACGAUUCGGCCCGUCAGAAUGCUGGUCCACGACAACUUCAACGACGGCAACAUGAUAGGAUGGACUACAUACGGCGGCUCUUGGAACACCAAAAAAAACGCCCUCAAUGCCGGCAACUCCGCCGGCGGCAAAGCACUACUAAACACCAACUUUGGCGAUGUUGAUUUCUCAGCUGACAUCGAGAUUCCCUCCGGCAACGGCGGGGAUGCCGGCCUCGUGUUUAGGGCGUCAAACCUUGCGCUCGAGACGGAUGCAUACGACGGAUACUAUGCGGGUAUUAGCACCUCGGGGAAGCUGGUGCUGGGUAAGGCGCAAAGUGGCUCGUGGACGCAGCUCGCGUCCGUCACGGCCGAUAUCGUCCCGGGCAAGACGUACCGAGUGAGAGUGGCGGCCAAGAAGAAUGCAAUCAGUGUGUUUGCAGGGGAUUCGACGACGGCGCAGCUUCAUGUGCUGGACGGCACCUUUGCACGCGGCAUGAACGGCGUGAGGGUGUUUCAGACGGACGCCGUGUUCGACAACGUCAAGGUUGAGCAUCUAUCCUAG